GUUUGCCACGGUUCCGCUUCCCACUCCGCCCCGAAGGUUUUGAGCGCAGUCAGUAGGGUUCCAAAAAACUCUCUCUGAGGUUUGCAUCCUGAAGUCUGCCGCCUAUUUUAACUCCAUGCAUGCAAUUAAGGGUGGCUGGGUUGGACCUACAUUUGCCCUAGCGAAGUGCAAUGACUCUGAAGGGAAGAAAUCAAGGAUUCGACGUUCAAAAGAACAGAGGAAGGCAAUGGUUGAGUCUUUCAUAAAGAAAUAUCAAACACAAAAUAACGGGAAGUUUCCAUCUCUCAAUCUCACACAUAAAGAAGUUGGUGGGUCUUUCUACACAGUUCGGGAAAUUGUCAGGGAGGUAAUACAAGAAAAUAAGGUUUUGGGUCCUGCAAAGUUAACUCCAGAAGAGCAGGGGCGUGACUUGAUCUCGGAACAAUAUCCACUGGGACCAAUUUUGAUUGGAUCAGAAACUGAUUUAUCAUUAUUAAAUAUAACUCAAACUUCACCCAAUAUUCAUCAGGAUGGAACUGAAGAAUUGGUUCUAAAUUCUAGUGUGCAUUGUCAUGAACCUGAGCGUGGGAAAUUUGAUGAAGGGCAUGUUAUAAAUGGAUCUAGUCAGACAAUUGAAAAGAAUGAACAUCAUGGCAAAACCAUAUUUACAGAGACUCGAGCUAAAGAAAUACUGGAAGUGGAGGAAAAUGUAGCAGAACUGCAGGCAUCUAAUGCUAAAGUCACUCAAAUAGCAGCAGACAUAAUUGUUGAGACUUUUCCAUUGUCUGGUUCAACCAUAGCCUAUGGCUUGGAUGAAAAAUCAAGUGACCAGGGAGAACGUACUGACACUUGGGUAGAAAGAGAAUUGGAAAAGGUGGAGGCAAGAAACAACCAGUCUUUUGUGGAUAGUAAAAUGAUGGGCUUUAUAGGCAACUCAUCUGAUUUUGGGAAUGACAAAGCUGAAUCAAAUAAUGGAGGUUUGUCACUGGAAAAAACCUUUGUUCUGGUGGAUGAGAAAGCAGUCGGGGCUGAUCUUGGAGCUCAAAUGCUGGAAAAUUCAAAUGACUCUACAACCAAAGAAGGCACUAUUCAUAAUACCAAUGAUGAAAUAAAGCCUGAAGCUAAAGAUGCCUCAACUGCUGCAAUCAAGGCCCUAGAUGCCAAGGACGGCAUCCAUGCAAGUACUCCUGAUGGCACUGUUACAAGCAGUUCCCCUGAGCAGUCAAGUUCAGUCGAGGCAAUAGUGAGUGAAAGCAAGCCUGACAUCCAACAUGGUGGCAACUCCCUGAGAGAAAGCAAUCCAACGUUAGACAGAAUGAAUCUUGAAUCAUGGAAUGUGGAAUCUGAAAGAUCCGUUGAGCCAGAAACCAAUCCGCUCAUGGCAUUUUUUAGGUCGUUCAUUGCUGCUUUUGUCAAAUUUUGGUCCGAGUAAAGACUAUUUCAUCAAUUCUGUUGUUCCUAUGAGUGGAUGAAGAGUUUGUACCUAGGGGAGUAGCGUUCUAUAUAUAAUCAGAAAAUGAAAUUGGCCCUUUCUAAGAUUUGAUUGCAAAUGGAUAAUAACCCUGGUGGAGAUGUAAGGCAUAAUAUUUCUAGAUAAAAAAUAUUUUAUAGUUGUUCUCC